AUGUCUUUGUGGGUGUUCGGACCACUAUCGAACGAAGGACACCAGUUAAUAAUGCCAGCUUGGUAUCCCUUCGACAUACAAAAAUCACCAAAUUACGAACUUACAUACAUAUACCAAGCCAUUUGCUUUACUUAUCUGACGACGGCAAAUGUAAACGUAGACACAAUCACUUAUGCCCUUUUUAUGUAUAUCUGCACCCAGUGUGAUAUUUUGUGUGACGAUUUGAGCAAUCUUAGUGGGAAACAAGAAGAUUUUAAUGAAAAAUUUAUAAAGUGUGUGCAGCAUCACAAAACAAUUCUAAGUUUUGCCAAAAAAACUAACAGUUUGUUCAACAUGAUAAUCCUUGGUCAGUUUGCUACAAGUACUAUGGCGCUAGCCCUAACUAUGUUUCAAUUAAGCUUGGUUGAUACUUUUGAUGCGGCAGCUGUAGUAGGAGUGUUUUAUAUAGUUGGACUUUCGAUGCAACUUUUCCUGUAUUGUUGGUUCGGAAAUGAAGUGGAAACAAAGAGUAGUCACAUUCCAUAUGCUGUCUAUAGUUCACAAUGGGUUGACGUUUCGUUAAAAGUCAAAAACAACCUAUUAAUUUUGGGUGGACGCUGUCAACGGCCACUGAAAAUUACAGCCAUCAAUUUAUUCGAUCUGUCUUUAAAUACUUUCGUUACUAUACUUCGUUCUGCUUGGUCUUACUUUGCGGUGCUGCACAGUGUUAAUACUCAAUAG